GGGCAGGUGCGGCGCGGCGGCGGCAUGGGCGCGGGCAUGGGCGCAGCGGCGGCGGCCGGCGGCCGGCCCUGAGCCGCCCCUCCGGCCCGGCCAGCCCCGGGGAGCCCUGCCCCCGGCCCGGCCAGCCCUGCCCCGCCCCGGCCGGGCCGCCCGGCGGGCGGAAGAUGCUGCGCACCGGGGGCCGGUAGUACUAUGAUUUGGUAUGUGGCCGCUUUGGUAGCAAGUGUGCUCGGCGCCCGCGGGCUGCCCGUACAAGGUGCCCUCGGCUCGAGGGAGGAGCCCGAGUUCGUGACCGCUCGCGCUGGCGAGAGCGUGAUCCUGGGAUGCGACGUGAUCCACCCGCUCACGGGGCAGCCCCCUCCCUAUGUCGUGGAGUGGUUCAAGUUCGGCGUCCCCAUCCCCAUCUUCAUCAAGUUUGGGUUUUACCCUCCCCAUGUCGACCCGGAGUAUGCCGGCCGGGCCAGCCUGCACGACAAAGCCUCGCUGCGCAUUGAUCAGGUCCGCUCCGAGGACCAGGGCUGGUACGAGUGCAAAGUCCUCAUGCUGGACCAGCAGUACGACACCUUCCACAACGGCAGCUGGGUCCACCUCACGGUCAAUGCUCCCCCCACGUUCACCGAGACGCCGCCGCAGUACGUAGAGGCGAAGGAAGGCAGCAGCGUCACCUUGACCUGCAUGGCGUUUGGGAACCCCAAGCCCAUCGUCACCUGGCUGAGAGAGGGAGACCUUUUGGGUGCCAACGGCAAGUACCAGGUGAGUGACGGGAGCCUGACGGUGCUCUCCAUCACCCGGGAGGACAGGGGUGCCUAUACCUGCCGGGCGUACAGCAUCCAGGGGGAAGCCGUGCACACCACGCGCCUGCUCGUUCAAGGACCUCCCUUCAUCGUUUCCCCUCCGGAGAACAUCACGGUCAACAUAUCCCAGGAUGCGCUCUUCACCUGCCAGGCCGAGGCGUACCCCGGGAACCUCACCUACCUGUGGUACUGGGAGGAGGAGAACGUCUACUUCAAGAACGACCUGAAGUUGAGAGUGCGGAUCCUGAUCGACGGGACGCUGAUCAUUUUCCGGGUCAAGCCAGAGGAUGCUGGAAAAUACACCUGUAUCCCCAGCAACAGCCUGGGCCGCUCGCCAUCAGCCUCUGCCUACCUGACAGUGCAGUAUCCUGCCCGUGUGGUGAACAUGCCCCCUGUCAUCUACGUUCCCAUUGGGAUACAUGGAUACAUCCGCUGCCCGGUCGAGGCAGAGCCCCCAGUCACGCUGGUCAAGUGGAACAAAGACGGACGUCCCCUGCGAAUCGAGAAGUAUUCCGGCUGGAACCUGCUGGAAGAUGGGUCGAUCCGGAUAGAGGAGGCAACCGAAGAUGCUCUCGGCACUUACACCUGUGUGCCUUAUAACGCCCUGGGUACGAUGGGCCAGUCUCCCCCUGCCCGACUGGUACUGAAGGACCCCCCCUAUUUCACGGUGCUACCAGGCUGGGAGUACAGACAGGAGGCAGGGAGGGAGCUGUUGAUUCCUUGCGCUGCUGCCGGAGACCCCUUUCCCAUCAUCGCCUGGAGAAAGGUCCUCUCGAAAACGGGGGAACCGGCUGCCUUGCCGCGACCGGAGAGACCAGAGCCCUUGGUGGUGGCCGGCGGUGUCCCCUGGGCCACACAGGUAGGGAAGCCCAGCAGGAGCAAGCACAACACGCUGCCCGGCGGCACCCUGCAGAUCCGCUCCCUCGGCAAGGACGACCACGGCGAGUGGGAGUGCAUCGCCACCAACGUCGUCGCAAGCAUUACUGCCAGCACCCACCUUACCGUCGUAGGCACAAGCCCUCACGCCCCGACCAGCGUUCACGUUGUGGUCGCCAUGACCUCAGCCAACGUCUCCUGGGAGCCCGGCUACGAUGGUGGAUACGAGCAGACUUUCUCAGUUUGGUACGGCCCUCUGAUGAAGAGAGCCCAGUUUGGCCCCCACGACUGGCUGUCUCUCCCCGUGCCAGCUGGUUCCAGUUGGCUACUGGUGGAUACCUUGGAACCGGAGACUGCAUACCAGUUCAGUGUCUUGGCUCAAAACAAGCUGGGUACCAGCUCCUUCAGUGAGGUGGUCACUGUGAACACUCUAGCAUUCCCUGUAACAACUCCAGAGCCUCUGGUGUUGGUUACCCCACCGAGGUGCCUAACAGCCAACCGGACACAGCAAGGCGUCCUCUUGUCAUGGCUUCCUCCCGCUAACCACAGCUUCCCCAUCGACCGCUACAUCAUGGAGUUCCGCGUCGCGGAGAGGUGGGAGAUCUUGGACGAUGGCAUCCCGGGGACCGAGAGCGAGUUUUUUGCCAAGGACUUGUCCCAGGACACCUGGUACGAGUUCCGGGUCCUGGCGGUCAUGCAGGAUCUCAUCAGUGAACCCAGCAACGUUGCUGGCGUGUCCAGUACAGACGUAUUCCCUCAGCCUGACCUGACGGACGAGGGUCUAGCCCGCCCGGUGCUGGCUGGCAUCGUUGCCACCAUCUGCUUCCUGGCUGCUGCCAUCCUCUUCAGCACACUCGCCGCCUGCUUCGUCAACAAGCAACGCAAACGCAAGCUCAAGCGCAAGAAAGACCCUCCUCUCUCGAUAACACACUGCAGGAAGAGUUUGGAGUCCCCGUUGUCUUCCGGCAAGGUGAGUCCCGAGAGCAUCCGCACGCUCCGUCCCCCCUCGGAGUCCUCUGAUGACCAGGGCCCACAGGCCAAGCGGAUGCUGAGUCCCACCAAGGAGAAGGAGCUCUCCCUUUACAAGAAGACCAAGCGAGCCAUCAGCAGCAAGAAGUACAGCGUCUCCAAGGCAGAGGCCGAAGCCGAGGCCACCACCCCCAUCGAGCUCAUCAGCCGCGGGCCGGACGGCCGCUUUGUCAUGGACCCGGCGGAGAUGGAGCCCUCCCUGAAGACACGGCGGAUCGAGGGCUUCCCCUUCGUGGAGGAGACGGACAUGUACCCCGAGUUCAGGCAGUCGGACGAGGAGAACGAUGACCCCGUCGUCCCCGCUUCCGUCACCGCCCUGAAAGCCCAGCUCACCCCUCUCUCCUCCAGCCAGGAGUCCUACCUUCAGCCACCAGCAUACAGCCCCCGGUUCCACCGGGCGCUGGAGGGUCCCGGCGCCCUGCAGGCCACCGGCCAGGCCCGCCCGCCGGCCCCCCGGGCUUUCCACCACCAGUUUUACGGUUACCUCAGCAGCAGCAGCCCCGGGGAGGUGGACCCGCCGCCCUUCUACAUGCCAGAAGUCAGCCCGCUGAGCUCAGUCAUGUCCUCCCCACCGCUGCCCCCCGAGGGGCCCUUCGGACACCCCACCAUCCCCGAGGAGAACGGGGAGAACGCCUCCAACAGCACGUUGCCCCUGGCCCAGACCCCCACGGGGGGCCGGUCCCCCGAGUCCUGGGGCAGGGCCGAGUUCCCCUUCGGCGGCCUGGAGCCGGCCCCCGCGCCGUUCCCCCACCAGCUCCAGUCCUGCGAGGCGGCCGAUGGCUCCCAGCCCACCGGCUGCCUUCCUCGGGGGCCACCUCCCUCCUCCCUCCAGGUGGUCCCCGCGUCCUACCCGGGCAUCCUGCCCCUGGAGGCACCAAAGAGCUGGACCGGCAAGUCACCCGGCAGGGGCCAACCCUCUGUGCCCACCACCACCAAGUGGCAGGACAAACCUAUGCAACCCAUGGGAUGUCAAGGGCAGCUAAGACAUACCAGCCAAGGUAUGGGCAUACCCGUGUUGCCUUACCACGAACCGUCCGAGCCCGUCGGCCCCAGCGGCACAAGCACAUUCAGCCUGGACACCAGGUGGUACGAGCCCCAACCCCGACCUCGGCCCAGCCCUCGGCAGGUCAGGAGGGCUGAGCCCAGUUUACAUCAGGUGGUGCUACAACCUUCGAGGCUUUCUCCUCUGACCCAAAGCCCCCUCAGCUCCCGCAACAGCUCCCCGGAGCUGACCGCCCGCGCCCGGCCCCGGCCGGGCCUCAUCCAGCAAGCGGAGGUGUCGGAAAUCACCCUGCAGCCCCCGGCAGCGGUCAGCUUCUCCCGCAAGUCCACACCGUCCACAGGAUCCCCGGCGCCGAGCAGCCGGGGAGGCAGCCCCAGCUACCGACCGACCACCGCCUUCGCCUCCGUGGCCACCGGCUACUCCGGCUCCCAGGGCUCCUCCCUGCCCGUGGACACCAUGGAUGUUUUCGGAGACAUCCCUUCUCCGAGGAGGGCUGGCGAGGAGAUUCUCCAACCGGAACCGACAUCCACCACGGUAGCCGCCACGGGAAAACGUCCAUCACCGUCCGGGGACGCUGCUGCACCUGAGAGGCUUGAAGCUCUGAAAUACCAGCGGAUAAAGAAGCCCAAAAAGUCAUCCAAGGGCUCCUCGAAAUCCAGAAAACAACCCAACGGCUCUGCCUCCCAGGUUCAGCACCUUCCCAGCUCUCAGGUACUGUCGCCUGACGAAGCUGUCUGCCUCCGCAAGAAGAAGAGACACCCUCGUCAGGACCCCUUCGCCCGCCUCUCGGCGCUGAAGGACGACCUCUGCCACCGGCAGCUCCCCGAAGACCAGACAGCCAUUCUCAACAGCGUGGACCACGACGACACCGGCGGCCACGCCACGUUGCUUUAGCCUAGCGCCGGCCCGAGAAGGUUAAACAGGAGGGGUUGGAGGGAGCCGACAUCGCGCCACCCACCGGGGGACGGAGGCGACGGGAGAGGGGAGAAAAUGUGGAAUUGAGCAGCUGGCCCUCAAUCGCCGGAAGAAAUUAAAUGACACAGGGUGUAAUUAAUUGACAAGAAACUAACAACCCAGACGGGAACUGGUAAUCCCAUGAAUCUGAUUAUGAUAAAACCACAACCAAAUAAUCCCAGGAAAGCUCUAAUUGUGAAAAUCUCCCUGCCUCCCCCUUCCCAGCAUUCCUUUUAUGUGAAGAUAACAGCAACAAAACCAACCGUGACAUCUUUCCUUACCUAUCUCUGAAAGAGAAAACCAGAAAGACCCCGAGCCUUGGAAUCGGUCUGAGAUGUGAGAAAUCACUCUUUAUCUGUACAAAUGCAUUUGAACCUUGUUAAACGCGUACUCGGCACUGCGCGAGCACGCAGGUGUUGGGACUGUUUUCACCCAAGGGUGUUUCCCCCCCUAAGUCCGGUGCGUGUCCGCUUUGAUGAGGGUGGUUUCGUUUAAUUCUUCCCGACACUCCGUGUAUCGCUGCGGCAAAUGUUGUUCAGUGCUGUGUGGUAAUGUGAUUUCGUACUACGGUAACGUUUGUAACCUCUAUUCGUAACCGCCAAGCGGGGAGACGCUGCCGCAGGUGUGUGAGAGGAGGGGGUUUGGCUGCCUGGUCCCAAAAGCCUCCAUUGGCAGACGCUGAGCCCGGGCGAGAGCGGCUGGAAAACCCCCAGCUCUGCGGAUGGAGAGACGGAUGGCUCCUCGGAGCGACCGCGCAAAGCUAAGCCCAGCGUUUCGCGUCUGCUUAGAAAAUGCGUUGCGGAUGGUUUCACUGUUUUCCCCUUCUUUUUUUCCUGCUCCAGCCUGCCGGGGUUGCGUCCCUCCCUUUGCCCCAUCCGAGGAGACCCGCUGUUCCCCUCUCGGUAACGCUGUUCUAACUCUUCACCAGAAUGUAUUUCCUCUUCAAAAUACUUAGGGUAGGUUUGGCGGCCGGUGGUUUUCUGGAUUGCAUAGGCCUUUUUAUUUAUUUAUUUAUUUAUUAAGCAGGAAAGGUGUAGCCCGCUCCGAGAACAGCCGGGCUCGCUUUCCUGCUCUGCCUCCACUCUCUGACUGCGUGGCCUUGGGCAAGUCACUCAACCUCUCUGUGCCUCAGUUCUCCCAUCUGUAAAAUGGGCAUAAGUCAUAUUUGAGCACUUUGGACGAGCGCUUGGUCGCUGACAGACUGCAAGUGCUACCUACGUAAAUGCUGAGCGCUAAUACCAAGUGAUCCCUACCUUUAAAAUAUUUAGAGGUUUGUUUUUUUGUUUUUUUUUUUUGAAGUGGUAAAAUCAACCGCUGCAUCCAGGUUUGCACACUUCUUCCUCUGCGGUAAAGUGCUAAACCCUCCAGCCUGCCUGGGAAUAAAACACCGAGUGUUUCAUGUGGAUAUUCUUGCUUUGAGUGGAUUCAGGCUGUAGGAGAAGCGUCACAGGAGAAUCGAAGAGCCUGUAGGCAUGUUUUUUGCCCCAGGCUCUCCAUUUGCAUGUGAAACUUUUUGUUUAUUCCCAGGUAGAAUUGCCAAGAGAUUCUCCAAUCUCGCCUUUAAUUCUGCUUUGCCUUGGUUAUUGCUGUUGCUGCUGGUUGAACCUCGAAGGGCUUAGACGUUUGGAGAAAGACGUGAGCUCUCAAGCCGGGCGGUCGGGGAUACGGCUCUCCGACCACGCCACGCUCCCCGGGAGCUUUUAAGGUCGGAGCCUGUUUAUCGCUCUGCCUAGAAAUAAUCUGAUUUUAGAGGCUGUGCUUCCUAUUUCCAGCGGGAUGCUUGGAAACCUGCCGCCACAAAAAGCAGAGCCCCGCGUCUUUUCCAGUCUCCAAGCCCUGACUUAGGUUUGAACCGCUUGACGACGAGUCCUCUAAAUCGAUAACGAGAUAUUUCUGAGCUUUAACAACUUUGUGUAGGCAGUCUUCAAACCGUGAGCGGGUUUGUCUCAGGAAGGAGGGGGGGGUCUUCCUAGAAAUGCCCCUCUCUUUCCAGCCUGCACCAGGGCUUUUCAUUGAGUACGUGACGAGUGACCUGACGUAAGACCCUCGACUCUCAGAGCGAGAAUUCAACUUCGCUAACAGUAUGACUGCGGAUUUCUUUUAUUUGAGUGUGUUUUUAGGGAUUCCCCUAGAAUCCGCUCGGAUCUGAAUUGAUUUAAUGCCAUUCGCCCGCUCGGCAGCGGGGGAAACUCUGCCUUGGCUAACUUCAGCUCACCGGUAACUUCAGCCGGGCUCCUCCCGACGCACAGGCACGGCGGUGUCUUCAGGCUCUUGAGGUCGCUACCUCGGGACGUGCCCCCAUCCCGUCUUAAGGAGCUCUAGAGGACUUGGAGUGCAGGGAAGGUUGAUGGAGCGCGCCGGCUUGCUGGGUCAGUCUUUUGAGAGUUGUUUUCCUUUUGCAGGUGUUUUGAGCCGCUGGGCCCCCUGCUUUUCAUGGUCUUCGACCUUUAGAGGCUGGAGCCUGCAGCCCUCUCUCUUUCAGCCGUGUACCUGCCACGCUGCUGGAGUGGGAAAUCCCGCCCGGGCGCCUCGUGGAAGCGGCUCUUCCCUAAAACCAUCCUUAACUCCUUUCCCCGCUAGACCGAGUUACCUUCCGAUAGACUCAGGCCGCGCUUUGGCAGACGGGCUUCGCCUCUUGCUUUGGCCACCUCCUCGCUUCUCCCAGCCCUCUGGUUUCCAUGCCCUGCAGGGGGUUGCUCCUCUCUCCUCCCGCGGACCUGGGACACCGAAGCCGUGUCAGACGAUGCCAAACGCUUCCCCCAUUUCAUCCCUGUUUGAACUCCGUUUCGCUUUGGUGGUUUGCAAACACAGCUGCUGCUGCUUCAUUAUUUCUUUUUCUUUUUUUUUUUUUCUUUUUUCCUUUCAUGCUGCAAAAUAUAUCUUGAUUUUUAUCUUCCUGGGCCAAACUCUCUUAUUUUGUAAGCUUGUCUGAGGUAGACGGCUCUUGCUUUAUCAGUAAGCGUACGAUUCCUCCUUGCACGGUGCAAGCGCGUUGUGUUUCGUUGGGUCCCUUGGAAAAAUCCUGGGCCACGGUGGAAAAAAAAUGCCUCCAAAUCGCAAGAAUGUUUAUCCCUGGGCUCCGCUGAGGCAUCACCGUGGCGGGCAUCAGCCAGGCUUUGGCUGGUCCUUGCGAGAUGGCUGUGGUGAGGAUGCUCCGACGCCGUUUUUGUGCGGCUGGGGGGGUUGCAGGCUUCAGCCACCCCGAGCAGGGGGAGGUAACGCGGAGAGGUAGGUACAGGGGUGUCGCUGAGAGCCCUCGGAAAGAGGGGGUGCUCGUGGGGGGCCGUCCCUCGUGCCCUCUCCAUCAGACCCGUCCCGUUGCGGGCAGAUGGUGGGGCUUUGCCUGGUUUUUCCCGCAGGAGCUGCAAUCGGAGCCGCCCGUUUUGAAGGUGACUUUGCUGUGCAAAGCCACCGAGGUUUUGGUUUUGUGACGUUGGCGUGAAUGAAAAUGGAAGUUAGUAAGAGGGGAGAGAGGGAGCGGUCAGGGCUCGCUUGUGGGGCUCCAUUCCUCUGCCCGCUGUUAACUGCGUCCGCAGGCACAUGGAAUGGUGGAUUUGUGGGGAUUGGGGGGACCUGGAGGGUCCCGGGGUUUUUUCCCAGCUCUGCCACAGACCUAGAGCAUGAAGCUGGGCUGGAGCCCUCGGUGGGAGGCACCGGCAUCCCCCGACCACCGGCGUGGUUUGGGGUCUCGCCGGGUGCGUGCGUAGGUCCCCCCCUGGUUCAGAGUGGUCCCCGUUGAGCCGGCAGGGUGGUGGGGAGGGUCUGUUCGAGCAGGUGAUGGUUUGUCCAGGGUAGGACGCUCAUUGUCUUGGCCGUGUGUCGGUCACUCGUGACUUUGGGAGGCUGUUUUGGGUCGCUGGUGGGCUCCCUUGUCAGCCGGGUCAGCGCCCCCCGCUUUGGGGGAAGGCUGGAGGCGUGAUGGUGGUUGGAUAUAGCACUAUAAAGGGAAUGUAAAGGGAAUAACAGCUUUGCUGUACCUACCUCCAGGGGUGUUGAGGGCUCAGGGUUUGUGCUCAGCACAGUCCCGGCAGGGCUUAGUCAUGUCUCGUGGCAUCCGGGCACGACACACGCCUUUGCGACUUAUUGCUGCUCGUACCUUGCGGUUCGCAUUAGGGCACAAUCUGCCCGGCCUUUCGGUUUCUCCUCUUCCUGCUCCAGGCAGUGAUGUAGAUUUGGGAUUUCUCCGAGUUUUGGGUUGGUUUUGGGGGUAUUUUUGGGCUGCAUUCAGGGAUUUCCCCAUGUCCCGCGCGGGCUCGCUGCGGCCCCGGGCUGGCGGAGUCGAUGCUUUUUUGUGGAAGGAAACCUUUUCAAGGAACCAGAGUAAAAUGCACUGUAUAUAUGAGAUAUAAAUACAUAGAGAAGCGUAGGGUAACGAUAGGUAGGUAUGCAGAAGUCCAGUAGAUUUGCAUGUCGGGGGUAUGUUUGUCUCUAGGGGAGAGUGUUUAGAGCCGCGGUGGAGGGCGGGGGGGGGAUUGGGAUGGGCAAAGCUGGGCUUGGGAGCAGCCGGAGCCCAGGGGGGCGACGACUUGGGAAUGGACAGGCAGAGCGGCGUCCCUGCUGCACACAACCAGAUCGCUUGGGGUUUUUUUUUGUUUAUUAUUCCCCCCAUUUAUUUUUUCUGCUUUGUUCAUUGUAUGUGACUCACCCCUGGGCCGUGGUGUUGGGAAGCAGGAGUGACGGGUCCUCUCCUCUGCGUGUCCAGCGCGCGUGGGGCAUGACAUGGGCAGGAGACGUCACCUUGCCUCAUCUCUGGUGCAGCCGUUUAAAGACAAAGCACCACCACGCAGAAACCCUUCCCUGAAGUCCCUCUAGAUGCUGCUCUCCGGUUACUCAUGUGAAAGCGUUUGGCUUUGCAUCUGUUCUUCCCGGAGAAGCAUGAGUCAGAAGGGAUGAGAGAGGGACGUGGCUAAAUUUGUCUCUGGGGCUGAGGAACACGGCGCUGGCCGUGCCAGCCGGUCCCAGCGGUGGCUCCUUGGCGGGACGAGAUGUUCUUCACAGUGGCUUUUUUUUUUUUCUUUCUUUUCAAA